CUUGCCUCCCUCUGCGACAUAACCCCAGAGUUCGUUCGCCGAGUCGUAUCUGUUCCCCAUCAAUCGAAGGAGAUGUUCUUCCACAUCGUUCUAGAGCGCAACAUGCAACUCCACCCUCGCCACUUCGGUCCACGCCUCCGCGACAAGCUCGUCGCGAAGCUCAUGAAAGACGUCGAGGGCACUUGCAGUGGACGGCAUGGAUUCGUUGUGGCGAUAACGGGCGUUGAUAAUAUCGGCAAAGGGCUGAUCCGCGAUGGAACGGGGUUCGUGACGUUCCCUGUCAAAUACCAAUGUGUUGUUUUCCGGCCUUUUAAAGGCGAGAUAUUGGAAGCUGUUGUAACCAUGGUUAAUAAGAUGGGUUUUUUCGCUGAAGCAGGACCUGUGCAGAUAUUCGUUUCGAAUCACCUGAUCCCGGAUGAUAUGGAGUUCCAAUCUGGAGACAUGCCAAACUAUACAACUUCAGAUGGAUCUGUGAAGAUUCAAAAGGAUAGUGAAGUGCGGUUGAAGAUAAUUGGAACACGUGUCGAUGCCACAGAAAUUUUCUGCAUCGGGACCAUAAAAGAUGAUUUCUUGGGUGUUAUCAAUGAUCCGGGGGCAACUUCCUAGUGGAAGGCAUGGUGGCCCACAUCAAGACUAGGCAAAAUGCUGAUCCGAUCCAGUUACAAACCAAAAGAAUAGCAUGGUCAAAUAGCUUAAAGCUUAUUGGAGCCUCCUUUUUGUGUGUGUGUGUGUGU